AUGUCAGCAAAUUCAUCAGCAGCAGUUGAAUUGAUUUCUACAUUAAAUUAUAUUCAAGAACAAGUCAAUAUAUAUACUAGUAUAUUAUUUUAUAUAUUUGGUGUUAUAGGUUCGGUAUUUAAUAGUAUUAUAUUUUCACAAAAACAAUCUAGAAAAAGUUCAUGUUCAAUGUACUUUUUAGCAUCAUCUAUUACUAAUAUCCUAACAUUACAUAUGGCUUUCAUACCACGUUUUUAUUCAUUUAUUAAUAUAGAUCCGUCAACAUAUUCAUUAUUAUUCUGUAAGUUGAAAUUUUAUGUAUUUCAUUCGUUAAUUAUGUUAUCUAGAUAUUAUAUUGUAUUAGCAUGUAUAGAUCGAUAUGCAUUAUGUUCAAUACAUGUUAGAUAUCGUCAAUUUAGUCGUUCGAAAGUAGCUUAUCAUUUAAUACCUGUAACAGGUCUUGUCUGGUUUAUUAUUCCGAUUCAUAUAAUUUUAUUUCAGACAAUAGAGCACAACAGAUGUAUACAAAUAGGAUUUUAUACAUUAUUCUUUAGUAUCUAUGCUGUUAUAUUUGCUGCUAUAUUACCACCAUUAUUUAUGAUCUUAUUUACAUUGUUAAUAUUAAAUAAUUUAAAACAAACAAGAAAAAGAAUUCAGCCGGCAACAACAAGAACAACAGGAACAAAUUAUUUACAUAUAAAACAAAGAGAUUAUCAAUUAAUAAGGAUGUUAUGGCUGCAAGUUAUCAUUUAUAUAUGUUCAACAUUAUUAUAUCCACCUGUUACAUUAUACGAAGCAAUAACAGAUAACGUAGAAAAGAGUAAUACAAUAGUAGCAAUAGAAGCUUUUAUUACAGAAUUAGCAACUGGUACUUUAGUUUAUAUAAAUGUUACUUUUCCAUUUUAUAUUUAUUUAUUCAUAUCAAAAACAUUUCGAAAAGAAUUCAAACAAAUUAUAAUUAAGUAUUGUUUAAAAUUCUUAUUUAAAAAUCAUUUUAAUCAUUUAAUAACAAUAGCUUCUACUCCUAGAAUUCAUGAUGGUAUGUCACUUCAUCUAAAACAAAAAACUAAAUCAAUUCGUUAA